AUGGGUGAAAAGAAAUUCCCAUCAAUCAUGAAGGUUGUGAAGACAGCCCUUAUUCUUGGACAUGGUAAUGCUGAGGUUGAAAGGGGAUUUCCAGAGAGUAGAAAAAGUGUAUCAGAUGACAGAGUUCGUCUAAGUGACGCGUCAAUCAAUGGCAUCCGUGCAACAACUGAUGGGCUGUAGGCUUUUAAAGGUCCUGGUUCUGUGCCAAUCACAAAGCAACUCCUUCAGCUGGGUCGUUCCGCUCAUGCUCAUUACGUUUUGCGUCUAGAUAAGGACAAGAAGGAGAAGGAAGAGGCCCAAAAGCAACUUACUCUUCAGAAAGAACAAGCAGCACAAUUGGAAGCACAGAAACCACAACUUGCCAAAGAAAAGAAAGACCUAAACAGCAAAGAGAAAGAGUUAGAAAGGCAAGAAACAGCUCAGCAAGAGUGCAUGAAAGUUGGGGAUACAAUCUUGAAGGAGGCAAAUGCAAAGUUGUGA